AUGGCUACUCCAGGACUCUCUGAUAUCGAGGCCCUUCUCGAGGAAGCUGCACCGGCUGCGGCCGCUCUCGACCGGGAGAAAAAUUCCAGCUCCGUCAAGAACGAACAUCGAGACGGCACCCGUGGCCGCGACCGCGAUCGAGAUCACCGUCGCGAUCGUAGCCGUAGCAAGGUCAAGAAGGAAGACGGCGAUGUCGAAAUGAAAGACACUCCUCAGAGCGGUGUCUUCGGGGCAUCAACCCGGAUCGACACUAUCAGCCCCGUGGUGGCCGUCGUGAUCGAGAUAGAGAUUAUCCUCGGGAUCGAGAUAAUCGUUACAACCGCGGAGGACGCUAUGGCCGACCUCUCUGAGAUGGGUGGACGCCAAGUACCCUCGCACGGAGUAGCCUCGGAGCUGCUUCGUGCGAGGGUGCUUGCGUCGAAGCGCACAGUUUUCGUCCAGCAGCUGGCCGCCCGCCUUGAGACUAGGCACCUGUUCGAUUUCUUCAACAAAGUCGGCCGAGUCAAGGAGGCCCAGAUUGUGAAGGACCACGUCUCGGGAUGUUUGAAAUGUGUUGGUUACGUCGAAUUUUACGACGAGGAGUCUGUCGCGGCCGCAAUUGAGCUCACAUGCCACAAGCUGAAGGGUGUUCCAAUCAUUGCGCAACAUACGGAAGCCGAGAAGAAUUGCCAGGCCCUGAGAGCGGCGUUCCAUUCCACCGUCUCUAUGUCGGCAACGUUCACUUCAGCAUCACCGAGACGGACCUCAACAACGUCUUCACUUGCACAGUAUUCCGCGAUCCUGCCCAAGCCUAAGAACCUCGAGACGAUGCACGGAUUCGAAUUGGCUGGUCGCCCUAUCCGCGUCAGCCUCGGCAACGACAAAUUCACGCCAGAGUCAACCGCCAACCGUGAGCACCAGGGUCGCAAGCUCACUUGGCUAUGGCACAUGUACAAGGGCGAAAUGAAAGCGGGAACCCGGAGUGUACCAAUGGCCAAUGCACCUGGGGAUCCUGGGAGGAGGAUGAGGCUCAGGUGA